AUGAGCAGGCGGGCUUGCUGGAUUUGCAGGAUGUGCAGAGAUGUGUCUGAGAGACCCCUUUCAAACCUGACUGUGGAGGAAGUACUCGGGUGGGCCCAGUCGUUUGAAAAGCUGAUGGCUACAAAACAUGGUCCAGUAGCCUAUGCAGCAUACCUAAAAAUGGAGCACAGCGAAGAGAACAUCAAAUUCUGGAUGGCCUGUGAAACCUAUAAGAAAAUUGCCUCACGAUGGAGCAGAGUUUCUCAGGCAAAGAAGCUUUAUAGGAUUUACAUCCAGCCACAGUCCCCUCGAGAGAUUAACAUUGACAGCUCGACAAGGGAAACCAUCCUCAGGAAUAUUCAAGAACCCACUCAAACGUGUUUUGAAGUGGCUCAAAGAAUAGUGUACAUGCACAUGGAGAGAGACUCCUAUCCCAGGUUUUUAAAGUCAGAAAUGUACCAGAAACUUCUGAAGGCUGUUCAGCCCAGUAACAAUUCCUGA